CUAGUCCGAGGUGGGCCUCAGGUUAGGGCUCAGACGGGCAAAGGCUCACACUUUGGGCAGUCCGAUGGCUCUCGUCUGGCGGGUCUCUGGUCUCAACAGAUCUUCUUCGUCUUCUGCUCUUUCUUGCUUCGUGCUCUUCGUCAGCUCAUUAAUCUGCUCUUCUCUUCUUUCACCGCUCACCAGCGACGCUUGUUGUGGGACUUCACCCGAGCGAGCCCUCGUCUCGCCUACGUCACUCGGAAUCCGCUCCUGCCUACUCCCAUCCCAGCCUGCGCUCCUAGUUAGCAGCCCAACAUGAACAUCCUUCAGCGUACCAGCAGUUCUCUGUCGUACUUUGACAUCAGGCUAUACUCGGCUGAUCACGACGUCAUCAUCGUCCGAGGAAAUCCUGAUGAGUCCGCCGGCGUGCUGCUCAAAGGCGCCGUUGUCCUCAGUUUCCUAGAGAGCGUUUCUGUCAAGCGGAUCUCCCUGCGCCUCUAUGGCACCAUCCGCAUGAACUGGCAAGAUACAGUUCAAAGUUCGCGCGGGUUAACCCAACGGACUAACAAAUACGAAAAGAUCAUAUACGAUCAUACUUGGAACUUCCUAGAUUGGGAAGGUACAAAGAACACAAGCCAUACCAUCGGACAAGGAAACUACGAGUACCCGUUCGAGGUCAUUCUCCCCGGUUCACUUGUCGAAUCCGUGGAAGGAUUAGAAGGAGCUUCUAUCAUCUACAAAAUGAAAGCUAUCGUCGAGCGAGGCCGAUUCGCAAACAAUCUGAUCAAGAAGAAGCAUAUCCGCGUUGUCCGCACCCUAGGACCGGAAGCCCUUGAGCUUUCCCAAACAAUGUCGAUAGAGAAUGUGUGGCCAAACAAAGUCGACUACUCGAUCAGCAUCCCAUCCAAAGCAGUCGCGAUCGGCUCGUCGACACCUGUUCACUUACUACUCCAGCCUUUGCUCAAAGGACUUCGGCUAGGACAGAUCGUGAUCGUUCUCAAAGAGUACUAUACUUUACAUAUCCCGCACGGUCCCGGUCACGCAAACGUGCGCACGGUCGCGCAGGUUACCAUCCCUGCGCCGACCGUUGCCGAAGGCGAUCUUCCCGAAUCAGUCUGGACAAUCGACGAUUUCUUCCACAUCCCACCCAGUCUCAACAAGUGUACGCAGGACUGCGAUAUCCCGGGAUGCAUCGAGGUGCGGCACAAGCUCAAGUUUGCCGUCAGCUUGAAGAACCCCGACGGCCACGUUUCCGAGCUGCGUGCGUCGCUUCCGAUCGCGCUGUUCAUCUCACCUAAUGUUCCCGUGACUGGAGAUGGAGAGGAGAUCACGAUGCAGCCCUUGAGUGAGGAUCAGGACAACUCUGCGCCGCCGCGCUACGACGACCACAUCUACGAUCGAUUGUGGGAAGACAUCUCGACUUCGGGCUGGAAUACGCCGAGUGCCAGUGGUGCAAACACUCCGCAUAUCAGGAGUAGACGUAACUCUGGCGAGAACGCAGAGGCUCUGGGAAUGGUGGCUUUGGACACCCAGGGCGCACAGCUGCAGGCGGGUCUCAGCGCUUUGGCUUUGAGCCAAGCGAAUGCCGCGAGUCCAAACGGACACAGCGGACACAGCUUAUCGUCGUCGAACGGGGGCAGCAGUGGCAUCGACUCGUACUUCCCAUCUCGACACUCUGGAAGUGUGACUCCGCUGGGCUCAAUGACUCCCCUUCCGUGCUCGAACCCGAACGGCACUGUAGCUUUCUCCGGCCUCGACCAGGCGCAGAACUGGCACUUGUCGCGCGGAGCCUCGCCGAUCGAGUCGCCGCUCCACACGCCAGCCGAUCCGGAGUCGCGCCCGCUCGAGCUCGACCUGAGCAGUCUAUCGAAAGUGCCCUCGUACACAACCGCCAUCCGCACACCUGUCUCUGAAGACCCGCAAUUCUCAGGCCUGCCGACGUACAAUGACGACGCAGCAAACAGCGCGCCGGGCUCGGCCCGGUCGUCUGGUCCUCCGUCGCGAGCGUCGUCGCCUCCUCUGGCAGCGCUCCCGAGGAGUGCAUCAGCUGCUAACCUGAAUAGCAGUCACCGAAGCCGAUCGCAUCUGCAUCUCUUUGACGAUGCUGCUCGGCGUUUGAAAUUGGUUCAGGACAAACAGAAGUAAUCCUCUCUUCUUUCUCUAGAAUAUAAACCAUUGCGCCUUGUUCUCCGCGUCGCGAUCUGUGAGUUCUGAUUACUACAUACAUACUAUGUAUAUAUUCGUCUUGGCGUUGGUCUUCUCAACUUUUUACACAUCUCUAUAUACCUCCUUUCUCCAUUCUACAGUCUUACAGUCUUUAUAUUUUGUUUUUGUUGUGUUUGUGCAGCAGCAGUAGCUAGAGUCGAGUAAACGGGUUUUUCAUGGAUAAACGGCAAAGAUCUUCUUUGUCUGUAUGUGGAUAUACAUAUGUUUUUGUGCAGAUGAUUUACAUGAGAUUACAAAUAAUGAGCAUCAAGUGAACUAGCAGCUGU